UCGCCGCCGUCAUGGCGCUGUCGCCCUACGUGCAGGCCAUGCAGGAGCUGUUCCGCGCCAACACGCGGAGCCGCGAAUUCCCGGCCCACGGCGCCAAGGUGCAUUCGGUGGCCUGGAGCUGCUGCGGGCGCCGCCUAGCCUCCGGCUCCUUCGACAAGACCGCCAGCGUCUUCCUCCUCGAGAAAGAUCGGCUGGUGAAGGAGAACAACUACCGGGGCCACGGGGACAGUGUGGAUCAACUCUGCUGGCACCCCAGCAACCCUGACCUCUUUGUCACAGCAUCUGGGGACAAAACCAUCCGCAUCUGGGACGUCCGCACCACAAAGUGCAUCGCCACUGUCAAUACCAAAGGGGAGAACAUCAACAUCUGUUGGAGCCCUGAUGGACAGACCAUCGCAGUGGGGAACAAGGAUGAUGUGGUCACUUUCAUUGAUGCUAAGACGCAUCGCUCCAAAGCUGAGGAACAGUUCAAGUUUGAGGUGAAUGAGAUCUCCUGGAACAAUGAUAACAACAUGUUCUUCCUCACUAAUGGGAAUGGCUGCAUCAACAUCCUCAGCUACCCAGAGCUGAAGCCCAUUCAGUCCAUCAAUGCUCAUCCUUCAAACUGCAUCUGCAUCAAGUUUGAUCCCAUGGGGAAGUACUUUGCCACAGGCAGUGCUGAUGCGUUAGUCAGCCUCUGGGAUGUGGAUGAACUGGUGUGUGUGAGGUGCUUCUCAAGGCUUGACUGGCCUGUGCGAACGCUGAGCUUUAGCCACGAUGGGAAGAUGCUGGCAUCAGCAUCAGAAGAUCACUUCAUUGACAUUGCAGAGGUGGAGACAGGAGAGAAGCUCUGGGAGGUGCAGUGCGAGUCCCCCACGUUCACAGUGGCCUGGCACCCGAAGAGGCCACUGCUGGCCUUCGCCUGUGAUGACAAAGAUGGCAAAUACGACAGCAGCCGGGAAGCAGGCACCGUCAAGCUCUUUGGGCUCCCCAAUGACUCCUAAUGAAACCACACUGAGGGAGGCAACGCUUCCCUGCUCUCGGGGAUGGGAUAGUGCUUAGUAUAGGACAGGGUAAGGAGAUGGCUCCCCUCUUUGCCUGCCUGGCAGUGGUGUGACCUUUGGCUCAGCUGGGUGUGUACUGUUCUCGGAACAUUUAUAAAAGAACCGGCUUGUGUGCUGGGGAGGAUGGGAGGCGAUGCUAGCAGAGCCCCUCUCGCUGUCUCAGGGCUGCCACCGCCUCCUCUCUGGGGCAUGGGGAGCUUGUUCCAAAGGCAAGUGGCCAAAGAAAGUCAGUCACUGAAGGUCACUGCUAAGGAGCCUCUUGAGAGAGGAGCUCCAGGCUCCCCAGCAGUGAUAAGUUGUGUGACUGUCCCCUUCUGCCCAACAGCCUGAUGGCAAGGGCAGCCCUGGGAGCACAGCCUGUCCCUUCCCCUCCCAGACACCCUGUGUUCCGUCCCCUCACUGGGGCAGCAAGGUGAGGGUGAGGGGAUACGAGCUGGGGGAUGUUUCCCCAGCUGGGGCUUUUCUUGGUUUUUUAUAUGUGUGGUGUUUUUUUUUUUUUUUAAUUUUGAUAAAUCCUCUUCUGUAACAAA